GGGAAUUCACCGGAGCCUCUCAGUUGAUAAUACAAGGACAAGUCAAAGCCUUCCUAAUUACUGUGUUUAGGAAACAAAGGGUCCUUGCACUUUCCUUUCAAGUAGCCCACAGCUGCGAACUUGUUUCCUUCUUUAUCUGUCUGGGAGACAAAGACACUUGCAAUUGGAGUUUUGAAAUGCAAGGUUAUUUCUUCAUUUUCCCUUGGGCCGUAUGUUUUCUUUUCAAGGAACAGAGAUAAUGACUGUAUUGUGAGGAAAGCAAGGAAGAGGGCUGAGCAGAAAUCAAUAGAGCUUUGAUGGGCCCCUUUCUGAGGGAGGAGAGAGUGAGUGCAGCCACCGUGCUCCUGGUUUUCCUUGAAGAGCACACCUGGAACCCAGGUGGUGGGGGGGCGAUGCUGAUGGGGCCACACACGCCUUCCAAGAUAGCUGAUGAAGUCACUCACCGAAUGCUUGCUGAGUCAAAAUGGCCAGUAUGUCAAGACAUCGAAUAGGCCGUGACUUUUCAGAUCACCCCUCCGUGUACCCGUGAGAGGCAUUAUGAGCAUUCUGGACGAUGCUGUAACAAGUGUGAGCCGGGAAAGUACAUGUCUUCUAAAUGCACUACUACCUCGGAAAGUGUAUGCUUGCCCUGUGGCCCAGAUGAAUACUUAGACACCUGGAAUGAGGAAGAUAAGUGUCUGCUGCAUAAAGUUUGUGACACAGGCAAGGCCCUGGUGGCGGUGGAGCCCGGCAACCGGACGGCCCCGCGGCGCUGCGCCUGCACCGCCGGCUACCACUGGAGCGCCGACUGCGACUGCUGCCGCCGCAACACUGAGUGCGCCCCGGGCUUCGGCGCUCAGCUCCCGGUGCAGCUCAACAAGGACACGAUUUGCAAGCCCUGCCUGGUGGGCUACUUCUCCGACACCUUUUCGUCCACCGAGAAAUGCAAACCUUGGACCAACUGUAGCAUUCUUGGAGAGACAGAAGCACGUCACGGGACUGAUAAGUCAGAUGUGGUUUGUAGUUCUUCUCUGCCAUCUGCAAAGCCACCAAGAGAGCCCCUGAUUUACUUGCCCAGUUUAAUUAUUCUGCUUCUCUUCAUCUCCGUGGCUUUGGUUGCCGCUGUCAUCUUUGGUGUUUACUAUAAGAAAAAAGGGAAAGCACUAACAGCUAAUUUGUGGCACUGGGUCAAUGAGGCUUGCGGCCGCCUAAGUGGAAAUAAGGAGUCCUCGGGCAACAAUUUCAGCAGCACUCCUAUGGAGGCCUCUAGUCAGCGUGAAAUUUGUGAUGGUGUCUUACUGCUGACUCUGGAAGAGAAGAUGUUCUCUGAAGAUAUGUGCUGUCCCGACGGUGGCGGUCUCUGUGCGGGGCCGUGUGCAGGUGCAGGGCCGUGUGGAGGCACUGGGCCUGGUGCGCAAGGCCAGGAGGCCGGGUUGCUCACCUUGGUCAGCGAGAUCGAGGGGGACCCCUUCCGGCAGAUUCCCAUGGAAGACGAGUAUGUGGACAGGCCCUCCCAGACCCCAGACUCUUCUUCGCUGUUCCUCACUCAGCCUGGGAGCAAGUCCACCCCGCCUUUCCCCGAGCCCCUGGAGGUGGGGGAGAAUGACAGUUUAAGCCAGUGCUUCACUGGGACAGACAGCCUGGCCGAUUCUGAGAGCGGCCACUUCGCAGAGCCCCUGGGCGGAACUGACUGGACUCCCAUGGACUCCGAAAAGUACUUGCAAAAAGAAGUGGAGGGCGGCCACUGCCCCCACUGGGCAGCCAGCUCCAGCUCCGCCGAUGGCUGCGCAAACUGCGGAAACCCGCCUGGGGAGGCCCGGCACCCCCUCCUGGCUUCCGAGAGCAGCGGCCCCUGGCCCCAGUGCGCCUACGGCAUGGGCCUCCCGCCAGAGGACGCCGCGGACGGGGCCGACGCCAGGCUUCCCGGAGCCUCGAGGGGAGGCCCCGGGUCCGGAAGCGCCUCCGGUGACCCGCCACCUGCCUCUGGAAAUGUGACUGGAAACAGUAACUCCACGUUUAUUUCCAGCGGGCAGGUGAUGAACUUCAAGGGCGACAUCAUCGUGGUCUACGUCAGCCAGAACUCCCAGGAGGGCCCGGCGGGGCCGGGCAGCGGCGCGGGGGAGCCGGUGGGCCACCCGGUGCAGGAGGAGAGCUCGCCGCGCUGCGACUCGUUCGCCGGCCUCGGGCCGCGCUUUCCCGACACGUGUGCCGGCCUGGACGCGCGCCCGAGCGGGGGGCUGCAGGAGCGCGGCGCCCCCGGGCCCGACAAGGCCUCGCGGCCGGUGCAGGAGCAGGGGGAGGCCGAGGCCGGCGCGGCAGGGGCGCGGCGCUGAGCACCCGGGGACCCGCAGCGGCUCUCGGCGCCCCUCACAGCCGCCUUGCCCGGGGGUGGGCGCCGACCUCCGGACCUCCGACCGGUCCUCUGCGGGCACCACAGGGGCCGCGUCCUGGAGCCAGGCGCGCCUGCCCCUGCGCGCAGACGGGGGCGGGUCGGGAGU